AUGUCUACUUUGAAUUUAGCGAUAACAAUGGCUUUAUUUAUUAUAGUCGUUACUGCAAUAUAUCAUUUUUAAAAGAAAUUUUCAAGAUGGUUAAAGUAAAAGUAAAGAUAAGGAGAUUCUAGAAAAUAAUCUAAAAUUUCGUAUACCAGAGCAUUUUUUAUGUCACAACAGUAGCAUAACUUAGAACCUCCAAAUUAAUAGUUAAAAGAUAUAGUUAAGCAAAUAUUAUUAAAAAAAGAUGGAAUCGAAGAAUUUUAAAUUGAUGGCGAUAAAAUGGGCUAAGGGAGAACUUAAAGAGUUUCUUCAUAUAGCUUUUAAAAGCAAUAGCAGCCAUCUUCUCUUAUUCAGAAGAAUAGGAAAAAAAAUAAUUCAAUUGAUUAGGGUUAGAAUGGUUAAAGUAGUUAUGGAAAUGGCAGUAUCAAAACAACUAAAACUACUUCGAUUCCUUUAUCUCUGCUCAUUUAGAAUAUAGAGCAACAAAAUUAGAUUAAUUCUCUUAAUCAAGAAAGCGCAUAUUUAUUUACAGAAAAUAUAUCCUUAAGUUAAGAAUAGCAAGAAUAGAUUUCUAAUUGUUUAAGAACUUUAAUAAAUCAUCUUAGGUCUGUUAAAAAAUAAAAAAUUGAUAAAGAAUAAUUUUCAACAUAGUUAGCAGAAGAAUAAGGGAUUGAGCUUUAGAAGCUUUAACAAUUUUUAUAAAUAUAAAAGUUUCAAAGCAAUGACGUAGUGUAAACUUUAAUAUAAUACAGUAAUUUUAAGUAAAUCAGCAAUAACGUAUCUUUAUUAUCAACUGAAAACUAUAAAUAGCUAACUUUAAUGUGCAUUUAGAGUAAUUUAAAAGAUUGGGCUGAUUUUUUACUCUAAGAUAUGCGCAAUAACAACAUUCAACCUGACAGAUACUUACUAGAUGAGUAUAUAAAAAUAGCAACAAAAUGA